UUCUCCUGUUUAAGUAUAGUGUAACCCAACAACCCUUUCACCAAAUCUCUCUUAUCUCCUCCUAUUCUUCUUCCCCUGCGAAACAAGCCAUCAUUCUUCAGCUUUAAUGGCGUAAAGCAACACCAAAACCCUUACCCUUGCGUGCUUGAAAACAACAACAAAACAAACAACACAUUCUGAACAUAAUCCUGUUUGUUUAUUUUUUGUGUCGGGGAUCAUUUUGAAAGCCUGGAAACAGUGUGAAGAUUGUGUUGUUUGGUGAGUUUUUCCUUGAUGUUUACGAAGAGAGGAAAAUUUGCAGAAAGUAAAUCUGGGAAAGGGCCGAGAGUAUUUCCUGGAAGGAAUAUUUGAUUGCAUCCAUGAGAUCACAACGGCCCUGCCUUUCGCUAGGAUGAGCGACUCUGCAUACAAGGUUGAAACGACUUCUCGUCUUGCCCAAUGGCGGAUAGACAACUUCGCUUCUUGUUACCGCAAGUCCGAUCCUUUCAAGAUCGGUAAAUGGAACUGGCAUCUUACAGUAGAGAAGAACAAGUUAUUUUUUGUGAAAUUGUAUCCUGAAGUUUCAAAUUUUGCAAGAGAUAAUCCCCCAAUUGCUUCUUUCAUUAUUCGGGUUGUUUGUUCUGUUGGAGAUCACAAGUCUUUGACUCAUCCAGAAAUCAUAGACAAGAAGUUCAAGAACAAGGAGGAUUUUGUCUGGGGAAUUGAGGUUCCCUUGACUGGAAAAUUCAUCAUUGAUGUCGAAUUUCUUGAUUUAAAGAUUGUACCUCCAGAAGGUGGAGAGCCUUGCUCUAUUUGGGCGGAAGGGUUCUCUGAAAAAAGAUCAAAUGCGAUUGCUCUUGCAUCUCUUAGUCGAAUGUUGAGGGAGAAUAUCCACACGGACAUCAUUAUUAAUACUUCGGAUGGAAGUAUUGGAGCUCAUCGUGCCGUUCUUGCAGCGAGAUCGCCUGUUUUUCGCAGCAUGUUUGCGCAUGAUCUGAAAGAGAAAGAGCUUUCAACUAUUAACAUCUCCGACAUGUCGAUAGAAGCGUGUCAAGCUUUUCUCAAUUACAUUUAUGGGGGUAUCGAGCAGGAAGAGUUUUUCACCCACCGGUUGGCACUUCUUGGCGCAGCAGAUAAGUAUGACGUCUCAGAGUUGAAAGAGGCUUGCCAUGACAGUCUUUUGGAAGACAUUGACACACAGAAUGUGCUUGAGAGACUGCAAAAUGCAUCUCUAUAUGAAUUGCCGAAACUGAAGAGCUGCUGCAUGCAGUAUCUUGUGAAGUUUGGCAGGAUAUAUGACAUUCGAGAUGAGUUAAAUGCGUUCUUGCAGUGUGCAGAUAGAGAGCUUAUAGCUGAAAUCUUUCAGGAAGUUCUCAGUGCCUGGAAAGGUUUCUGAAAUUCAGCCCACAAAAGAAAGAGAGAAACAGGAAUGCCCAUGAAAUGGAUUGUUUGAUAAAUUUAGUGUGCAGGAUUUGUUGGCAAGAAGAUGAUUCUUCGUUCAGAUGGAUUUUGUUUUGGUACAGAAAUGUAUUGUCUUUCAGGGAAUAGACAGAAUCCAUAUUCAUGAAUUGUAAUGAUCUAAUUUAAUAGGAAUGGAAUUGAUUUGAAAUUCAUAUUCUACAA